AUGUGUGUUUGUCUGUAUUUGCACAUGUGUUUGUGUGUGUGUAUGUGUGUGUGCACGCGCGUGCGUGCUUGUGGCAUAGCCUUCCUGUUUCUGUCAAGUCUUCCCUUGGCCUGGGUCCUCCUGGUGAGUCAUUGGAGCUAUGAAGGGGAAGGGGUCGUAUCACUUUGUCUCUCCUACCCCCACUGCCCCGAGUGUCGGGCAGCAAUGUACAUAUGGAGGUGGGGUGGACAGGGUGCUGUGCCCCUUCAGGGGGAGUGCAGGGCUUGGGGUGGGCCUAGUCCUGCUCCUAGGGCUGUGAAUGUUUUCAGGGUGGGGGGAGGGAGAUGGAGCCUCCUGUGUGUUUGGGGGGAAGGGUGGGUGGGGCCUCCCACUUGGCCCCGGGGUUCAGUGGUAUUUUAUACUUGCCUUCUUCCUGUACAGGGCUGGGAAAGGCUGUGUGAGGGGAGAGAAGGGAGAGGGUGGGCCUGCUGUGGACAAUGGCAUACUCUCUUCCAGCCCUAGGAGGAGGGCUCCUAACGGUGUAACUUAUUGUGUCCCCGCGUAUUUAUUUGUUGUAAAUAUUUGAGUAUUUUUAUAUUGACAAAUAAAAUGGAGAAAAUGAAA